AUGGUUAAGCGUAGCAAGGAGUAGUUCUUUAAAAAGAAGAUGAACACUAAAUUUAAAGCAGCCUAGAAAGGGUCCAAGAGUGGAGCCUCAACUAAUCCAGAUAGAAAAUUACCUGAGAAAUAAUUGAAUGCUAAACAUCAAUUCUUCAGAUCAAAAUAAACUAUUCAGAGAUUGAAUCUGUACAAUGAGAAACCUAACAAGGAGGAAAUGUGGAAACAAGCAACACAACCAGCAAGAAUAGAUCCAAACAGAAAGUGGUUCGGAAACAUCAGAACCAUUGAUCAAUAAUAGCUCGAUAAAUUGAGAUAAGAAAUGGCUAAUAGAACACAUGAUCCUAGGAGUGUUCUGAUCAAGGCCAAACAAUUGCCUUUGUCAUUGUUGGUGGAAGCACAGAAAAAGAACAAGAACGUACCUCUUUUGGAAUUGGAGAGUUAUGAAGACACAUAUGGACCUAAAUCAAAAAGAAAGAGAAUUAAGUUAAAUGUAGAAACAAUGGAAGGAUUGGCAGAUCAUGCUGAGCAGAAGGAGUAGACUUACGUAGUGGAGAAGGAUAACAAAUUGAAUCCUAUUGAGGCAGCGCAACAGGAAAAUAGAGAUAAAAGAUUGACAGCUGGAUAAUCAAAGAGAAUUUGGGAAGAACUGUAUAAGGUGAUUGAUUCAUCUGAUGUAUUGGUUUGUAUUCUUGAUGCAAGAGAUCCUAUGGGCACAAGAUCAUAUCAUUUAGAGAAUCAUAUCAAGAAGAACUGUCCCCAUAAGCAUUUGGUAUUGCUCAUAAAUAAAUGCGAUUUGAUUCCUACAUGGUUGACUUCUAGAUGGGUUCAAUAUCUAUCAAAGGACUAUCCAACUGUUGCCUAUCAUGCAAAUGUGAAUAAGGCUUUUGGUAAGGGUCCAUUCAUAAAUCUGUUGAGAUAGUUUGACAAAUUCCAUAGAGAUAAAUAAACUAUUUCAAUUGGUUUUGUGGGAUAUCCAAAUGUUGGCAAGAGUUCUGUUAUCAACUCAUUAAAAAAAAGAAAGGUCUGUAAAGCUGCUCCAGUUCCAGGAGAAACCAGAGUGUGGCAGUACGUAGCAUUGACAAAAAGAAUUUAUUUGAUUGAUUGUCCAGGAGUUGUAUAUCAACAUGAGGGAAAAGAUGAUGUUGAAGUUGUAUUGAAGGGUUGUGUCAGAGCUGAGAAGUUGGAAGAUCCUGAAUAUUACAUUCCAGCUUUGUUGUUAAAGGCAAGGGCUUCUGAUUUAAAGAGGAUUUACGAUGUUGAUGAUUGGAUAGAUGAGCAUGAUUUCCUGAAGAAAGUUGCAGUCAAAAAAGGAAAGUUAGCAAAGGGUGGUGAAGCUGAUACUAAGGCGACUGCUAAGUUGAUUCUUAUGGAUUGGCAAAGAGGUGAAAUUCCAUUCUUGACAUACCCUCCUGAUUAUGUUCAAAAGGAAGCUGUUGAAGAAAAUAUAGAUGUUGAAGUUCUUGAAAAGUAAUAAAUAGAACUGAAUGACUAAAAAUUAUAAGAAAUACUGAAACAAAAUUGAAUUGUAUUUAUUAGUUCUUAUUAUUUGUUUGUGUAAAAUU